UGGAAAGAGUGGGUGGUUGAUCCGGCAGAACACUUUUAUUAUGUCUGGCUACAGGUCAUGAUCUUCCCCGUCGUCUACAACUGGGUGAUCAUCAUUCUGAGGACAUGCUUCACUACAAUUGCAUUGAGCUACCUGCCUGUUUGGCUCACACUGGACUAUCUGGCAGACCUCAUGUAUUUGGUUGACAUGAUCAUCACUGUCCACACAGGUUACUUGGAUCAGGGCAUCCUGAUCAAGGACGUCACACAGUUGAGGAAGCGCUACCUGCACUCUAAAAGUUUCUUAAGGGACCUGGUUUCCCUACUGCCCACCGACUUCCUCUACCUUGUCUUUGGCAUCCAAGCUCCGCUGGUGAGGAUCAACCGACUUGUCCGUAUUCCACGACUCAACGAGGCCCUGGAUCGCAUGGAGACGAGAACCUCCUACCCCAACACCUUCCGCAUCUCCAAGCUCAUGAUCUACAUCUUUGUGUUGAUCCACUGGAAUGCCUGUCUCUACUUUGCACUGUCCAGCUACAUCGGCUUCGGAAGUGAUCGUUGGGUUUACCCCAACAUGACCAACCCGGCGUUCGCCUCCAUGCGUCGUCAGUACUUUUACUGCUUCUGGUUCUCAGCCCAGAUUUUCACCACAGUGGGAGACACCCCCCUGCCGAAAAGGGAAGAAGAGUACUUGUUUAUGAUUGCAGACCUGCUCAUUGCCGUGCUGGUGUUUGCAUCGAUUGUUGGCAAUGUUGGCAAUGUCAUCACAAGCCUAAGGGACCGUGAUAAUGUGUUCUUUCCUAACCAUGAGCUGGUUAAGGCUUACCUGCGAAGCCAUCACAUUAGCAAGGAGCUUCGUCAGCGCAUCGACAGCUGGUACCAGCAUCUUCACAUCAACAAAAAGAUAAUGCGAGAGAACGAAAUCUUGCAGCAGCUGCCGGUACACCUGAGGACAGAGAUCGCUGUCAGCGUCCACCUGCCCACGCUCUCCAAAGUCACCAUCUUUCAGCGCUGUGAGAAAAGUCUGCUGGAGGAGCUGGUGCUUAAACUAACGCCACAGGUGUUCAGUCCGGGAGAGUACGUCUGCAGGAAAGGAGACGUGGGCCAUGAAAUGUAUAUCAUCAGAGAGGGAAAACUUGCAGUUGUAGCAGAUGAUGGGGUCAGAGAGUUUGCUGUCCUGACUGAAUCCAAUUUCUUUGGGGAAAUUAGUAUCCUCAAUAUCAAAGGUAACAAGUCAGGCAAUCGCCGCACUGCCAACAUCCGCAGCAUCGGCUACUCUGACCUGUUCAGCUUGUCCAAAGAAGACCUGACGGACGUGUUGUCCGAGUUCCCUGCAGCCAAACGUCACCUGGAGGAGAAAGGCCGACAGAUCCUCACCAAGAUGGGCAUGUUGGAGGAGAGUGGGGAGCGAGAGGAGGGGGAGGCAGAGAAGGUGGAAACCAAGAUAGGCAGACUGGAGAGCAAACUGGAAAUCCUGCAAACCAAACUAGCUCGACUUAUGUCAGAAUUAGAGUCGAGCAGCCGCAAGAUGCAGGCCAGGGUGGAGCAGCUGGAGUGGGAGGUGGCAGCCGUGGAGCCCCAGCUGCCAGAAGAUGGGGAAGGAGAAAGAGAAAAGGGGAGAGGUGAAGGGGUGGGAGGGGAGGUCAGAUGGGAGCGGGAAGAGGCAGAGGGGGAGGCAGAUGAGGGUUUGGAUACAAAGGUGAAAAAACAGGGACAGGGAGAGGAUGGUGAUGUGACCAAAGAGGGAGAUGGAGAGAGCACUAAAAGUACAAAAGAGGACGUGGAAAGGAUGGUGGAGGGAGACAAAUGUGGGCUGAAAGACCCGGAGGAUCAGGAAAAGAAAAAAGAAGAUGGCGGAGAGAAAAACAGAGAGAAAGGAGAUGACAGACCUGGGAAAGGAGAUGGGGCUGAGAUUGAACAUGAAGAUGAGAAAGAAGAGAAAAGU